AUGCCGUCUAUAAUCUACCUCGCCGUGUCGGCAGCCGCCAUGACCGGACUUGCACAGCUCGCCUCUGCACAAACCAACAUCACCGCCAGUGCUUGUGUCGCCGAGUCCGUCUACUCAGACUGUAACCGCAAUGUUGCAGAUACAUGGCGCUCCUGCAUAAACAAUUGCAAUGGUAAUGGCGACUGCAUCGUGGACUGUGGAUGUACUGCACACCAGCAGUAUAUCAAUUGCAUGGCACACUCCUGCUGGAACCAGGUCUACUCCUGCGAAUACCAACUCUUCGUCCAACAAUACUUCGCCGUAUGCCCCAGCGCCACCGAACCAAUCCCCUUCUGGCCAGCCCCAGACAACGCACCAAACCGCUGCUCCUGCAGUCUAGGAAAAGUCCUCACAAACACCCUCUCCGCCCGCCAGGCCCAACUCUCCUGCGUCCAGAACAUAACGAACCAGGCCCUCAACGACAUCCCCGACCUCUCGAAUCUAGGCAACCUAGCUAAUAUCCCCGAUAUCGCACGAACAGCAACAGACUGCGCCUGCUGCGGCGCCAGCGCCAGCUUGUCCUCAGCAUGGCAAGUCUGCCCAAACACAGUCCCCACCCUCGCCGGCGCCGACCUCUGGCCCCUCUUCUUCCCGUCGACCUUCCCAAACCUGUACACCUCCAUCCCGAACUUCGCCUGGUCCACCUGCGACAACACACUGUCGUCAACGGACUGCGCAAACCUCGGCUUCUCGGACACAGACAACAAGUACUACAGACCGGGCGAUUUCCCCCAGAACGGGACGUCGACGCUGCAUAAUGUUGCGGGCACGGUGACGGCGCCGCCGAGUGGGACGGUGAUUACUUGGUCGCAGGCUUCGGCGACGUAUACGGUUACAGCGACGGGGGUGGAUCGGGGGGUUGUUGCGGGUGCUAGUCAGACCGAUGAGUGCUAA